AUGGCGAAGAAAAUGUGCGAGGCCCCGGAUUUGAACUCGGGUCACUUGGAGGAGAUCGCGACUACUACCUGCUCGCACUGGAAGUUCAGCUAUGCUGCUCGACGGAGAAUUCUCCCUCUCAUAUGCAACCGAGUUGAAUCCUCGGAGUUUUCAUCGCCGAGACUGGUAGCAUUACUAGCUGCUACCUGCGCUCCGCCUCACACAGCUAUGCCGGGUGGUCGGCAACACCCAAGCGGGGACGACCUGCAAGGCCUGGUCCAGAGCGCGUCCUUAUUGAGGCUUUGUGCUGGGCAGGCUGCUGAUGCUUUGGCGUCUGUGGGGGCUGCUGGUGUGCCAGGGGGCACUGCAUGGGUGGUAAAGGAUGUUAUAGAUGUAGUACUCAUGUGA